GCAUUGGAUAAGGCGAACAGGUAUCAUCACCACAAAACCCAAAACCAAUCUCCAUGCAAAUAUCAAGCAGACCCCCAAACAGUCGGAGAACCUCUUCGUUCUUCUUCAAGCAAUGGGUAGCGUCCAAUUGAACUCGUCCCAUUUAGCUUCUCUCUCUCUCACUCCCAGCUUCAGCCAUCGCUCACGCCCUCGACGGAACCACCUCGAACCUUUCAGGAGCCAGACGAGCUUCUCAAGAAGCAGGAUCAGAGCAGUUGGAACCGUCCCCGAGAGCGGCUCUGAAACUGCAGCUCCAGAGGAACCGCCGCGUGUGAACUUCGCAUUUGUCAGCUCGGUUUUGCUUCCGGAUGGGACUCCAGACGUUCAUCUUCGCACGGCGUGUGGCGGGCAAAAACUGAGGGACAUCAUGUUGGAUUCCAACAUUGAGUUGUAUGGUCCCUAUGCUAGACCUUUGUUGAAUUGUGCUGGGGGAGGAACUUGUGCAACUUGUAUGGUUGAGGUUGUUGAAGGAAAAGAGCUACUAAGCCCUGUCACGGACAAAGAGAAGGAAAAGCUUAAAAAGAAACCAAAAAAUUAUAGGCUUGCAUGUCAAACAACAGUUGGUAAACCAGAUUCUAGAGGGCUGGUUGUCAUACAACAAUUGCCUGAGUGGAAGGCUCAUGAAUGGAAAUAUGAGAAAGUGUCACUUUCGGAGUCUUCAUGAUACGUAUUUUUUUAUAUAAUUUGUGUCUAUAAAAGGUUUAUCAGCAAUGGGUAGAAAAAAAUUUAUAUGCUGUACAUAAUUUGGAAACUAGUUAAUCUUGUACGCAGAACUUUUCCCUGUACAAAGGGGAUUAACGAAAAGUUCAACUAAGACAUCUUUCGCUUCUCCAAGGUGUGAACUAAUAAGGGGAAGUGUGAAUAGACUAUGACGACGGUCUUUUAGAAGCUUACUUGUCCAGCUAUUUAUGUCUUUACUAUUGUAGGAUAAGCGAUCUGAUAAAUCUUUACUAAGUAUGACCAAAAUGCAUCUUGUUUCAUCA